AAGGCGCGGUCGCUCCGCACGUGGUGUGGGUAGUUACUGCUGUGAUCGUGAAUUUUGAAGAAAAGGGACAGAGCGUGGAAGGAGAUAGCGAGAGAGUGAGAGAAGGAGCAUGGCCGAUCUAUUUGGAUGGCUCAUCUCCUUCUUCCUCCUCGUCGCCUUACUCGUCCUCGUCACUUACCAGCUAAUGUGCCUCGCAGACCUAGAAUUUGAUUAUAUAAAUCCUUACGACUUCGCGUCGCGAAUUAAUUCUGUGGUUCUGGUUGAAUUUGUUCUUCAAGGUGUCCUUUGCUGCUUCUACCUUGUUACUGGCCAUUGGUUUAUGUCAUUGUUGUGCGUUCCUUAUCUAUACUUCAAUAUCAGAUUGUAUAGACAAAAAAAGCAUUUAAUUGAUGUUACAGAGAUAUUCAGCAUGCUCUCAUGGGAAAAGAAGCAACGACUCGUCAAACUCUUCUAUCUUGUUAUAACCCUUUUCCUCUCUGUAUUUUGGCUGAUCUAUACAACAUUGGAUGAGCAUGAUGCGUAAUUGCAGUGGAUACUUGUUUUGUGGAGUGCUUUCUGAAAGUGACCUCCACAGUUAAUUUCCAGAUGUCUGUGGUAGGGUGCAUUUUCGUUGACACUAACUGUAUUUUUGGGGCAGAAUUGCAACUGCAAGCUUGUUUUGAUAUUUUGUCAGUUAGAUAUCUUUAUAUAGGGCUAGCAUUUUAUGCUUAUCUUAUUCAUGAUAUUAUGUAUAUGGGUAAGGAGCUAAAGGCAUCAAAAGGAAGGUGCUGGUGGCUGAUGAGGGGUUUGGAUUAUUUGCAUAGUGUUGUUGGUUCAUACCUGGAAUUGUACCAAAGAGAUUAUGUAUUUAUUUAUAAUGAAGUUGUUUACCAAACUUUGUA